AUGACAGGUGAUGCUUAUGUUGCCAUAUUCUGGGAAUAUACUCUGGGCGUAAUGUCUGGAAGAGAUUUACUUUUAUGUGUUGAGCACGUGAAGUAUCGAAUGCCCGGUGUUUCAAAGUCACCUAUUGGUACAUUUUAUGUUUACGAGGAUCGAGUGGAAUGGAUAGGUAACGCAUCCGAUGAAAAACUUGUUAUUAUAUUCAGCGAUAUUCGAGGACAACGAAUUUCACCACCAAAUAAAACAAAAACACAACUGCAAAUAUGCAAGUAUGAUGAAGAACAGGCAACAUUUGUUUUCGUCAACCCACUUGGCAAGGAGAUGCAUGUGAAGGAUCGUGACCUGGUCAAAGAAACACUACAGCAAGCUCUUAUUCAUCAUAGACAGGUUGCUAGUCAGAAUGCAUCGAGAUUGUUGAAAUACAGCAAAACUAGAGAAUUAGAGGUGAAGAAAAAAAUACUGGAACAAAACAAACAUUUGCAAGAACUGUAUAGACAUUUAGUUGCAUCAAAACUGAUAUCUGCACAAGAUUUCUGGAGUGAAUACUACUAUGAUCAAGAUGCAACUGAGGACAAAACAGGUGUUUCUAGUGGAUUUUUAAGCAGUAUCGCUCAAUCGGAAGGCACAAAUGGAAUAAAGCUGAAUCUCAAUGUUGAUACAAUUCAAAGUAUAUUCAAGACGUAUCCAGCAGUGGAAAGAAAACAUUUGGAAUUAGUGCCACAUGAAAUGACCGAGCAAGAAUUUUGGGCUAAAUUUUUUCAGUCGCACUAUUUUCAUCGUGAACGCGAUAUCACAACUAGUUCAUCAGAUCCUUUUUCCGACUGCAUAAAAGCAGACGACGAUGAAAUGCGAAAGUUACUGGGCACCAAAAUUACUCAUAAAACACUUGAUUUUUCUUACAUCAGUGAUGAUCCUAUAUUCAAAGAUCUUUUGUCUUUGACUCAGUCUUCAUCUUCCACCAAGAACAUGUUGCUCAAACGAUUCAAUUAUCAUUCAGAACGAGUUCUGCUGACAGCUGCUGAAAAUAAAGUAGCUAUGAUUGGUGGUUCAGAGCCGCAAUCCAGUGUUAAUGAUAUGGAAGUAGAUGAAAACGAAUCAGUGGAAAAAGACCUAAAUGAAAUUGUGCUGGAAAGUGAAGAACUAAGAUCCGAUAAUCACGAGGAGCAGUUAGAUAGCAUUUCUUUUGCAGUCGGUGAUGUAAUCAGAUCAACUCAGCGUUAUUCGGCCGAUCAAGCGCGAAGGUACCGAAAUAUUGUGCAGAAAGUAUGUGAAAAUAUGCUGGACGUGGUAGACUCAGAUGAAGAUUUUGAUAUGGACGACAAUUAUGAAGAUCUUUUGGAUUUAGCUACUGAUAGCACAAAAGAAGUAGGCAGAAAUAUCGUGCAGUUAAAUCCAACAGAUAUGGUUGACUUGCAAGCAAUUCACGAUUCUGUUGCUGAACUGUUAAAGCAUUUUUGGAUGUGUUUUCCACCAACGACUCUCGAAAUGGAUGAGAAAUUGAGAAGGAUGAGUGCUACUGUGAAAACUUUUCAAGAAACUAAAAUUGCUGAGGCCGAACAGCGGUUCGGAGUGAAUAAUGAAUUAAAAAAACAGAACACAAAUAAAGUUGUAUGA